AUGAAGCCAGAGUGGUCAAGGUUCUACGACGGCCUUAGAACGAUACCGGCUUCAGAGGACGGAAUUGAACAUUUUCGACGGAAUUGGACCAAGAAAUAUGUGGAAGAUCCCGAACUCAAACCCGUUGAUCUUCUGACCUCAACCGAAGACGAGAGCAAGCAGCACGCGCUGGACACCAUCACUCUGUUUGAUAUUGGCUCGGAUCUGAAUGGCUACACCGACACGAUUCACGGCAGGGUCCUGUGUGCAUCCCUGGACGAGUCUUUGAGUGUCUGUGUCGAGAUUCAUCGCGCCAGGUCCCCUGCCAAACCAGCCGGUGCUUAUACGGUUCGUCUCGCCACCGACUUUCGAGGUAUGGUCAACAGUCCGAUCGUCCUCAUUGUCAAAUCAAAAUUUGAAAUAGCAGAAGGCCGAAAGUGGUUCUUGAGAGGCACCAUCGAGGAUGAAAAUGGUAGAGUCUUGACCCAGGCGGAAGGGAUUUGGGUGUCGGUAAAGGAAAAGUUGUGA